GAGAGAGAGAGAGAGAGAGAGAGAGAGAGAGACACCCAGCCCGGAUUCUCUGUUUCAGCAGUAGUUUUUGGAUGCUGUCCUCUCAGUGUAUCCGCGCUGUUUGAGCUCUGUUAGCAUCAGCAGCUCCAGUCUGAGCGCCGCCCCGUCUCCUCUCAGUCUCAGUGACCGCAGGCAGCGCAGCAGCCUCUGCCGGAGCGCAGGCAGGGCGAGCGCGGCUGCAUGCUGGAGCUUUGGCCCGUAAGGAGGUCACUUGCAUGCCGGAUCGUGACGCGUGAUGGCGGAGUGUGGCAGAAAGGGCCUGUCGCUGCUGGAGGCGGCCCGUUCGCGCUACGAGAGCCUUCAGAUAUCGGACGACGUGUUCGGUGAGUCUGGAGACGACAGCAGCGAGAACCCCUUCUACAGCACCACGGGGGACUCCAACUCCGACAACGGCGGAGAGGCCGAGGACGUGAGGAGAUCGAGUGGGACAGCGAGCAGUGGAGCCGCGGGAGGCAGCCAGCAGGAGCGGGAGGAAGAGGAGGAGGAGGAGGUGGAGGAGGAAGAGGGAUGGAGGGACACCCUGAAAGACAUCAGCCUGGCCCAGUAUAAGGACACGCACGGUCCUACCCAGAAAAUGCCGGCCACUGCCACAGCCAUGGACUUCUUCCAGCUGUUUGUACCAGACAAUGUGAUCCAGAAUAUGGUGACUCAGACCAACAUGUACGCCAAGAAAUACCAAGAACGCUUUGGCAGCGACGAGGGUUGGACCAAUGUGACUCCGGCCGAGAUGAAGGCUUUCCUGGGCUUUGUCAUCUCCACCAGUGUGCACCGCUGUGAAUCUGUCUUGAGCAUCUGGAGCAGCGGUUUCUUCAGCAACCGCAGCAUAGCGCUCAAGAUGAGCCAGGCACGCUUCGAGAAGAUCCUCAAAUACUUCCAUAUUGUGGCCUUCCGUUCAAGCCAAGGUGGCAACCAGGGUCUUUACAAGAUCCAGCCCUUCCUAGACUCACUGCAGCAGAGCUUCAGCUGCACCUUCCGGCCCUCGCAAACACAGGUCCUCCACGAGCCCCUGAUCGAUGAGGACCCCGUCUUCAUCACCACAUGUACAGAGAGGGAACUGCGGAAGAGGAAAAAGAGGAAGUUCAGCCUGUGGGUGCGACAGUGCAGCUCCACUGGCUUUAUCUGUCAGAUCUAUGUCCAUCUGAAAGAAGCCCCUGGUCCAGAUGGUCUGGACACCCUGAAGAAGCCACAGCUCCACAGCCUGGUGGCUAAGCAGCUCUGUCAGAACCUGGCUGGCCGCAGUGCCAUCAUCUUCACUGGCCCCAGCAUCACGAGCCUCAACCUGUUCCAGGAGUUUGAGAAGCAGGAGAUCUAUUGCUGUGGGCUGCUGAGCACCAGGAAGAGUGACUGUACAGGUCUGCCUCCGUCCAUGCUGCGCAAUCCUGAGGCCCCCCAGCAGCGGGGCCAGUACCGCACCAAGAUGAAGGGCAACAUGUCUCUCAUCAGCUGGUACAACAAGGGCAACUUCCGGUUCCUCACCAAUGCGUACCCCCCUACCAAGCAAGGGGUGAUUAUCAAGAGGAAAAGUGGAGAAAUUCCAUGUCCCCUAGCUGUGGAAGCCUUUGCAGCGCACCUGAGCUACAUCUGCAAAUAUGAUGACAAAUACAGCAAGUACUUCAUUUUCCACAAGCCCAAUAAGACGUGGCAGCAGGUGUUCUGGCUGACCAUCAGCAUCGCCAUCAACAAUGCCUACAUCCUCUACAAGAUGUCUGACGCCUACCACAGCAAACGCUACAGCCGUGCUCAGUUCGGAGAGAGGCUGGUCAAGGAGCUUCUGGACUUAGACGACUGCUCACCUACCCAGUGAAGUGACCAAAUGCUGUCUAACAUAAACAAACACACACACACACAUAUAUUGGUAAACACAGCCAACUAUUCACUGAUACAGCAACAGUUACUGAGCUUCAGCACAUUAGGCUCUCAAUAAUGACAUUUAAACACCUUCUGUCUGUGAUACACUGAAACCUGUGCCAAGUCUGGUUUCCAAAAGGUACAUUUAUAUCUAAACCUGGGUUCAUAUUUAACGCCGCAGUCUUUCUACAAUAAGGCUCCUCCUCCUGCAGCCCUGUACAUAAACCAUUCAUCUAUCUCUGUGUUCCCUUCUGCUGCAUGAUGAAAAUGAAGAUGUGCCCUUGUAAAUGUGCAAUGAUUUUUAUAACCAGAGUGACGUAGUGUCUGUGUAGUUUGAACCCUGAGGUAAAACGUUUUGUGGAUUAGCUCUGUAUGUCGGCAGCAUAUCGACCGUAACAUGCAGCACUGGCAAAAACACUCACAGCGAUUAAUAUCCUAAUCAGCAAAAGGAGAAUGUAGUGCCAUUUAUCAGUUAGAUUCCAGCUUUUGUUGAAAGGGAAACGUCAGUCUUCCCAAAUAUCUUGUCUUUUUUCUCAAUAUAGUUAAAUAUCUACGGUUUCUCAUGAAGAUCUCUUACUGAUGCAACCUUAUUUAUGAAGUUGCCACUUUUUAAGUAAAGUGGCUCUUUACUUUGUCCAGUAACUACUGAAGUGUAAUAUCUGUGACAAAACCGAUGCACUUUCCCCCCUUGUAUUUUUGCACUUUUGAUUCCAAGGGAAAUGUACAGUACAUACCAAAAUGACAUCAUAACCCCAAAAUAAACAUUUAAACAAUACCACACUGACUAAGAGGCAUAUGGACAGACGUGGCUCCUUUAUUUUCCAUGUCCUCUCCAGUUAUCUUUUACACGUCCUGGAAUUCGAGGCCAGAGAAGAAUGACCUUCUUCUCUUUCCUCCACAGACCAACACAGAAUGGAGAUACACAUCCUCGCGUUUUGUGUGCGUAUGAUGUCGGGGGUCAAUGUAAAUGUGAUCUUUCGGCUGAAUGAAGUUAUUAUUCCAGCUUAUGAGUCUAUUAGAAAAAGAGAGACCAAUGUGGAGGUUACUAAACGGCAUUGAAAAGCAGUCUUUUUAAAAUGACGCGCAUAAUAAAUCAUUUCAGCUCGUCAGUGAGCUGCUCUGUCCUACACUUUAAGCACUGAUGAAAUCUGCCCUUGAGUUCUGACAGGAAUGUGACAGGCAGUUUCUUUUUAUCUGUAUGAAUCGUUUGACAGAAGUAAUGCCAUAUGAAACCAAAUCAGAGGAAUAUUGGUUAAAGCCAUCUUUAGGCUCUUUAGAAUUACCGCAAAGCCAGUGUUUAAGCUUUGGUUCGUCCCCUCAGGUAGUAACGUCCCUGCCUCCAUAUCACUGUGCUACGGCCACCUAUGCCACUGACCUUUCUUUUGAUCAGUGAUCAGUGGAUGCACUCUGAAAUACUAUUUUGGUUCCAUAUAAAUGAGUAAAAAGUAGAUGCAUGGCAAAUGAGCUGCAGUUUAUGUAUUUAUUUAUGUUUUUCAGAGCAACUGUUAGUUGUUAUUGUGAGAGCGAUCACCUUUGACAUACUUCGCAUUACGACUGGACAUGCGGGAAAUAACGGACUCUAAUUGGACCCAAGCCAUACCGAGUGCUCACUUCUCAUCUGCUUUGCACUCAGUAGUUGAAGGUGAUUCCAGACAGCAGAUUCCCAUCUACUCCUGCUCUUCUGGCCAAUAUCGCCAUUUGGUGAGAAAACUGACAGCAUGCAUAGGAAAUAAUUAUCACACAUUCUUAUUCAGUCCGUUCUGGUACUGUUCAAGCUUGUGCAUGCACUUUCAGAGUUUCAUGUCCAGUCUGUACAAAAGCGCAAUAUUUUCAUUGAGGUUAUACAGUAUAUUUGGCCUAUUUUGUACUUGUAUCUUUUGUUGGGAAUCGAGAGAAAUGUUUAUCCUUUUCUAGAUGUCUUUUUUGAGAUAUACUUUUAAUGGAACUAGUAAUGCUUCAUUAAUGAUCUGUGAUUAUGUUGUGUACAUUUCUGUUCUUCUUUUUGUGAUUGUUGUACAUAUUGGGUUCAGUAUAGCUUCCACUUCACAUCGAUGUUUUUUGUACUAACCAACUGCGUUUUCAGUAAUCUUAUCUAAACGGUGACGACUGCCACUCCUGCUUCUCUACUAAUGAUGCAAUGGAUGAUUCGCAAAACUGUAACGUUUUCCAGAGCAACUGUAUGGGGUCACUACCACACUUCCUGUCUGCGGUUUGGAUGGAAUUGCCUUUUGUCGGGUGUGUACGGAGCGUGAGAAAGAAAAUGGACUUCAGUGGUAGGAGAUUGGGACUAGUCCGACUUCUGUGGUGUGACUCUCCUCUCCUUUCCUCUCCUUGUGAGGACUUUGUCCUGGGCAACCUCAGGGUUUUGUAACUACGACGAUGUACUGUAGUGCAAUAGAUGUUAUAUUGUAGGAGAAAGAAAGUAGACACUGGUUUGGGUGCUUUAAAAAAAAUAAAGUGAUAACUUAGAAAACUUAGCAUUUGCAAAACGAGUGAGAAACUGAUCUGUACUGUUGCUGUUCAUCAGCAGCCUCAAAAAA